AUGUGGUGGGUACUAAUUUGUCUAUUGCUAUCACUGUGUAAGAGUGCGAGCGAAGACUGCAAAAGAAAACUCUAUGAGGCGAAGGAAGAGAAAACACCGGGAAAUAGUGGCUUCGUUAUCGAGAUUUCCAGUGCCACAAAUACAUCACUAAUCAAUCCUGAAGGAUAUACCCCGGGCGAAAGCUAUAUUGUGAAGCUUCGAGGGUGGCGCACAAAAUUCACUGUACAGGCAUUCCGCGGAUUCGGCAUUUACGCACAGUUCGAAAGCGGUGAACACGCUGGAAAAUUUGAUCUGCAAGGCCGGAAGGGCGAAGCUCGAAUUGCUCCAAACUGUCGCAAAGCUGGUGUUUCGCAUUCGAAUUUAAGGCCAAAGACCUCCGUACAUGUGCUUUGGCAUGCACCGGAUACUUCCGAGAAGGGAUGUGCUUAUUUUCGAGCUUCGGUGAUCACAUCCAGAAAAGUAUGGUACGGCGAUGAUGGACCGUUAACGAAAAAAUUUUGUGUUGUUGAGGGUUACAAAAAAGCGCUAGCAAUUGACGACGAAAACAGCGAGUGUUGCGCUUGCGAUGAGGCGAAAUACGACUUGGAAUUCGUUGGUCUGUGGUCGCGCGACACACAUCCCAAGGAUUAUCCAACCUUGGAGCAUCUAACGCAUUUCACGGAUAUGCUUGGCGCCAGUCACAGCGGCAACUAUACGAUGUGGAAGUUUGGUAUGAUUGCAACAGAUGGCAUGAAAGAAAUUGCCGAGUGGGGCAACACAUACAAAGGAGAACAGGAAAUGAGGCAAAACGCGAAAGAAAUUCGUACGUUAAUGAAAAUCAAAGGUUUGUGGUAUCCUGAGGUGCAGGGAAGAACAACGAGCUCUUUCGUCGUUAACAGGUACCAUCAUUUGGCUUCACUGGCAGCGAUGUUUGGUCCGUCGCCUGAUUGGUGCGUUGGAAUUUCGUCCGUUAAUUUAUGUCUUCCGGACUGUUCCUGGAUACCAGAGAGAACCUUCGAGCUGCUGCCCUUCGAUGCUGGCACUGACAACGGCCCCACUUACAUGUCGCCAAACAAUCCAGCAGAGCCACGCAUCCCGAUACACCCGAUCACAACGAAGCUCGACAAGCGGUCUCCAUUUUACAAUGAGAAUAGCGACAUCAUAGCGCCACUGGCUCGCUUAAAACUGACCAGAAAGGAAGUAGUGAAGUCGGAAUGCAAAAGCGUGGAGGAAUAUCAAAAAGAGGCCUUCAAUGCAACGAAUACCAGCGAAGAUGAGGAAUACAAAGAUCGCAGAGAAUGUAUGGUAACAAACUGGGAGCCGUGGUCUCUGUGCUCAGCAACUUGUGGAAAAGGCAUUCGGAUGCGUUCGCGCGUCUACGUAUUUCCAAUAAAGGCACAAAUGUUCCGAUGUCAUCGCCAAACAAUCGAGAGACAAUUCUGCAAUGCGAAAAUCAGUGAAUGCGAAGGUUAA